UCAGUGUUGCUGUAGCGGAGCUGCGAAUAAGAAACUGGAUUCAGCCUCGUGCUGGGGCAGAACUUUAUAAAUCAGAAUUCCUGUCUAUUGGUUGAAUAACAUAUCGUUUUGCAAGUGUUUCGUCAAGGUAUUAGUCAUUGAAGAAGAAGUUAUGGCUUGUGCACAGAAAUCUGCUGUUGAGUACCUCCGAAAAUGUAGGCGUGACCUAGUGACUGGUAUGCAAAACCUUCCUCUCAUCACUGAGAAUCUUUAUCAGCAGAAGGUUUUCAAUGUCCAUGAGGUUGAUGCUCUCAAAGCAGAGGAGACCGAGUUUGAUAAAGCCAGAAGUAUACUAGACUGGGUCAUUAAAAAAGGGGAAGAGGCCAGUUACGAGUUACUCAGUAUUUUGGAUUUCACUCGGAAGAGAACAUUACAAGUUGAUUUACAUGUCUGGAUAUGUUGUUUCUCCUUUAGGGAAGAUGCAGAUGCUAGCUAUUCAUUUGGCACAAAACCCUGUCAGAACUACCAGAUGGAGCUCAAGACGAAAGCAAAACGUAUCCUGAAAAAUCAGUGGCAACAGAGCUGUAAAUAUCUGCACAACAAGUCACAAACAAACUUCAUUUACAUACCUCUUGUUUUAGAGACGGGCUCUGUGGUGAAAACCGCACACAGCAAAAUAAAGAAAAAGUGCAAAAAAUUCAGAAAACUACGGCCCAAAAAACUGAGAUCUUACAUUCCUGAUAAACAAGAAACACUUUCACCUGAAGAUCUACUGAAAUGGAAAACCAGAAACAUCCUGCUGAUUGGCAAACCUGGAAUAGGAAAGACUACAGUCGUCCAGCAAAUGUUGAAAAUGUGGACAGAAAAGGAUGACAAACAGCCAGACUACGUGUUUUAUUUUGAUGAAACUGCUGUGUCCUGUGUUUCUAACCUGGUGAAUUUGGAAUCAUGUUUGUUUGAUGGGUAUUUAAAACCAAAGGAAGAAGACAGACGAGAGGUAUUUGAAGACAUUGAGGAAAACUCUGAGAAUGUUGUCAUUGUGUUUGAUGGUGUCACUUCUGUGCAAGAACAUUCCAUCCUGCAGAAGAUUAUGGACCAUGACCUUCUACCUGAUGCGAAGGUCAUAAUAACCUGCAGAACAGAGGUGGAAGAUGAUGUUAUAUCUGACUGGCCUUCACAGAAAGUGUAUGUUCAAGGAUUCAGUGAAGAGUCUAUCAGAAUAUACUAUCAGAUGAUGUUGGGUCACAAUCCUGAUCUUCUGUAUGUGGUGUUGAUCAAUCAAGAGCUGUUCAGUCUUAGUCAUGUGCCGAUGUAUGCGUUCAUGAUUGUGGCCUUCAUUCCUUUUAAAAAUGACACUGUGACCAACCAAUCAAACACAGUGACGGAAAUGUACAUCCACAUCUUUCGUGAUGCCUUAAAGAAAUGUGGGAGGAAAAAAACUGGACAAAUAGAUCGGUACCUAAGAGAAGUGAAGGAUCAACUUUAUCUCCUGAUGAAAAAUGCAUUCAGUGCAACUGAGCAGAAAAGCCUGAACCUUCCAGAGAUCAGCGGUGAUGAAACUGACAUUUGUCAUGCUUUUCUGAAAAUGAUCACAAUAAGAGACAGUCUGACGUCUGAAACAAAAUACUGUGCGUUUCUCCACAACACUAUGCAGGAAUUCUUCUCAGCUUUGUGGCUUGUUGAGAAUCCAGAUGAAAUUGAGAAAGUCCUGAAACUGUGUCAGACUGAAGAGAUUCAACACAUGAGACAUGUUCUGCCUUUCCUGUGUGGACUUCUGGGAGAACAUAACAACAAACUCCUCAAGUGUCUCUUCUCAGAGGAUCAGAUGAAGAAAACAUCCGAACGGUUCACUGAGAAACUUUUGGACACUUUCCUCAAACCUCAGAGUGACGGUGAAGACGUUGAUCUUCUCUAUGUGUGUCAGUGCUUGUAUGAGCUUCAGUCAUCUAACGCUUGCUUGAUGUUUCUGGAGAAGAUGAAGCAUCAGCUGGACAUUGAUGUGAAUCUGGACCCUCAUCAGAGUUGUGCUUUGUCUUAUGUGAUCAGUCAAUCCAGAGAUAAAGAAGUUCAUCUGAAUUUGCAGGACUGCACCGUAUCUGACACAGGAAUGAUCAUGAUUCUCUCCUGUUCACCACAGAUCAGAAUAAAGGUCUGGGAUGAACCGCUACAGCAAAUUAAAUUCUUACUAGAAUCUUGCCACAAAGUAUCAAAAAAUUAUGAGACUAUGACAUCAUGCUGUUGGACCUCUGACAAGCCAGACCUGACCCAAGCACUGCUGGAUCUUUGCUCACAUGUGAAGGACUAUGAGACUCAAUCAGGCAGGAGUUUACUUCCAGCAUUACAGUCAGUUUAUCAGACACCUGAUGUCUGGAUCAUAGAUCUCUCACAGAGAAAGACCUCCAUCCUCCUGGAAGUGUUGAAGCUCCAGACAGAGAAGAAACCAGUAGAGCUGAGAGGAUGGACAGAUGAAGAGAGUGAAGUGAUGAGUUUCCUUCAGUGUCUGCCCUACAUCUCACAACUGGGAUUGGAAGUUUCUCAUGUCCAUGAUGUAAACAGAUUUCUGUUGAGACUUUAUAUUAAAGCAGCAGAAACUGAGACACAAACAGGAGAUCAGAUGAUGAAACUGUUGACAUCAGUCUGCACAUACACAACUUUCCCUUAUGAAGAGUUUGACGACACUGAACAGAGUGAUUUUCUGCUGGAUCUUUACUCACAUGUGAAGGACUAUGAGACUCAAUCAGGCAGGAGUUUACUUCCAGCAUUACAGUCAGUUUAUCAGACACCUGAUGUCUGGAUCAUAGAUCUCUCAGAGAGAAAGACCUCCAUCCUCCUGGAAGUGUUGAAGCUCCAGACAGAGAAGAAACCAGUAGAGCUGAGAGGAUGGUCAGAUGAAGAGAGUGAAGUGAUGAGUUUCCUUCAGUGUCUGCCCUACAUCUCACAACUGAGGUAA